UUGUUUACGGAGGAGCGCAGUCCGGCGCGCCGAGCCGCCGCUCGCGCAGCACCCUAUAUUCAGUUCACGGCCGCUCUAUUACCGGGCGGCUAUUUCGGCGCGACUGGGCAGGUGCGCGCGCGACGGCAUGCGCGCCUGACGGCCAUGGAGCGCCGCCGCCGCCCCAGCGAGCCCAUGGCGAAGGCUGUCCGCCGCCGGGAGAAACCGCGCGAGCGCUGGCUCCUCACGCGCAAGACAUGGAAGUACAUGUCCGAUGCCGGCCGCCGUCUCGUCCCCGACGGCGCGCAGAACCGAACCGAGGACGUCCCGCGCAUCGAGGCCUACUUCCAGGAAGUGUGCUCCCGGGAGCCGCGCUUCCUGCUAUGGCGGAAGAGCUCGUAUCCGAGCGCGUUGCCGCGCCCGCGGCGGAAGAAACGCGCACGCGGCGGAUCGGUUCGCGCGCGCUCUCCGCCGGAUGAGGCGCCUCCACGUCCCACCGAACUGUUCAUCGGUCACACUUCAGGCGGUCGUUUCGAUCUCGCUAAGCUGCGGCGAGAUUUCUUCACGGCGCCCCCACCGCCACCUGCUACUACAGCGUUCUCUCUCCCGGGCAAAGCGCCCGCCGAUGAUGACGAGAGUGUUUUAGUUGAUUUGCUGCGAAAGUACCUGAAAGUAGGAGACGAUAAGACGGCACCGAGAGCCUCGGACGCCGACGAAUUAGUGUUAGCGAUUAGAAAGUAUUUGAAGCGGCAGACUGAGCGCAGUCCCGUCGACGCCGACUCAGAUCCCGCGCGAAGGGCUCUCUUCGAAACUCUAGGGAAAUAUUACUCUAGAACGCCGAACAGAGACAAUGUUGUGCAGGACUUGUUGGGCGAUAGAACUCUGUUGAAAAAACUCUAUCAAGAUUUGCGUAAAACUAAACCGUAUCGUGGUGCCAGAAGCGGCGGCACUAGUGGUGCCGGUGGCUUCGGUCCCGGUGGUUACAGCGUUGCUAACGCUAGAAGUGCUCUUCGUAGUCGAGCCUUUGGAGGAGUGCGCAUUUAUGAUGGCGAAGAUAGCGGUUUCCGUUCACCGCCAAUGUCACCACCACCACUUAUUGAAGUUAUUUCCGAAUCUUUGGAGGACAGAUUUUGCGAUCGUGGCACACAAACUCUUCCCAUCCCGGAUGAAGUGUUAUGUGAGCUGGAAAGAGCAUAUCGAGAAAAGUUGGAAGCGGCUACAGCACCAACGAGCCCCACGAGUCCACCACCCGAACGCAAGCCAGCCCGCCGUCGCUCUAGCGUCGAUCACGACGACGUAUCGCAAUCUGUCAGUGACACUAUCAAACGGUACUUGAGAAUGGCACGAAAGAAAAGCGUGGACUCAGAAAAAGUCGACCGCUUCAAGCGGAUCAAUUACGACAAGAACUUACGAAACAUCAAACCUCGAGUACCUGGUGAUGUGGAUGAUGACGGUCCUCAUAAGGGUUGUCAGACAGAAGAAGCAUGGAUUCUCACGUACAGAGACUUACAAUUUGCAUCAGUGGUUUCGACGCCAACGUCCCCGCCUUCACCGUCGCAAUCGCACUCGUUCUUGUCAACCAUUCUUGGUCGCAAUAUGACAACAAUGGCUCCCCCUGCAGGUGGCAUGCAGAAGUCACGGUCGUCGAGUAGCGUGGUGCAAAGUGUCAGCAAGCGGCUGUGGCGGACGCGGAGCAGGUCGUCCAGCCGAGUCUCCACCACGUGGACGCCUCAGGGCAGCUGUUGCUGGGCAGACGGCAGCGGGCGAUGCGUGCGCUUGACAGACACCUCGCUCCUGACCCUCAGCGAGGUGGAGCGUCGCGCUCUGCAGCAAGCGGCAUUGGCUCGCCUGCAGCAGAUCAAUCUUGGAACCACUAUCAAGAUACCUGAAGGUAUGUGUUAG